AUGAAACAAGAGGCAGGUUGACUCCCGUCAAAACAAAACUGAAACUAUUUCAACCACAACGCAAUUUUUAAAAUGUGGAGAAAAAACAGAAAGAAGGAAUAAAUUGGAAUGAAAAAGCGAGUGAAUACCGUCUUGUGGUGUGGCAUGGAGAGAAGAUAGAAGCUAAAGUGAUCAGGUAGAAAUAGCAGGGUCACCUGCACCCAGCUGUCUGUCUAUGGAAAGUGAUCGUUCAAUGGAUACUUCACGUGACUUCAGAGGGGAGUUCACAGGUGAACACAGUAAUCAGGUAGACGUGACAGGAUCACCUGUACCGAGCUGUCUGUCUGUGAAGAGUGAUGAAUCAGUGGAUCAUCCAAUCAAGUUCAUAGAAGAGUUCACAGGUGAUCAAAGGACCCAAGUAGAAAGAGCAGGGUCACCUGUACCCAGCUGUCUGUCUAUGAAGAGUGAAGAAUCAGUGGGUCAUUUAAUCAACUUCAGAGGAGCAUUCCCAGGUGAUCAGAGGGUCCAGGUUGAAAGAGCAGGGUCACCUGUACCCAGCUGUCUGUCUGUGAAGAGUGAAGAAUCAAUUGGUCAUCUAAUCAACUUCAAAGAAAAAUGUGAUUAUCCGAGGACCCAGCAGUCACUGAAGUCCAGCCAUUUAGAUGAGAAGAGCUCAGAGAAAUUAUCCUUCAAUAAACAGUCUCUCCUGCGCACUCUGAUGAAGCUGAAGAAGGAUGAGUUGAAACAGUUUCAGAGCCAUCUGAGUCAGGAUUGCCCAGAAUGCCUUAAAAUUCUGUCUGAAGAUCCUUCUGUACUGGAUAAGUUUAUGAAGAUCAAUAAAUUAUUGGAGAGUCAUCAAAUUGCUGAUUACCCAGAAUGCAUUGAGAGAGAACAGGAGGAUCCUGAGACCCUGUACAUAGUUGAGAAGAUGCUGGAGACCUGUGGCAGUGAGAGGUCUCUGAAGAUCACACUCCACAUCCUGAGGAACAUGAAGCAGAAGGAUCUCGCUGACUCACUGGAGCGAGAUGAGCAGCACAAUGAAUCAAUUAAAAGAGUCCAGCAGGCUCUGAAAACUCAUCUGAAGAAGACAUUUCAAAGCAUCUUUGAAGGUUUAGCAAAGCAGGGCCACCCAACCCUCCUCAAUGAGAUCUAUACAGAGCUCUACAUCACGGAGGGGGGAAGUGGAGGGGUCAAUAAUGAACACGAGGUCAGACAGAUUGAGACAGCAUCCAAGAGACAAACCACACAGGAGACUGCAAUCCUCUGCAAUGACAUCUUUAAGCCUUUACCUGGACAAAAGAAACCCAUCAGAACUGUGCUAACAAAGGGAGUUGCUGGCAUUGGGAAAACCGUCUCUGUGCAGAAGUUCAUUCUGGACUGGGCAGAAGAAAAGGCCAAUCAGGACAUUGAUCUCAUAUUCACUCUUCCUUUCCGAGAUCUGAAUCUGAAGAAAGAGAGGGAAUUCAGUCUGAUGCAACUUCUUCGUCACUACUUUCCACAACUGAAAGAGAUCAAAAGUGUUGCAAUUGAUAAACUUAAAGUUGUCUUCAUCUUUGAUGGUCUGGAUGAAUGUCGACUUCCUCUAGAUUUCCAAAGUAAUGAGGUCUGCUGUGAUAUAACAGAGUCAUCAUCAGUGGACGUGCUGCUGACCAACCUCAUUAAGGGGAAUCUGCUUCCCUCUGCUCUCCUCUGGAUCACCUCCCGACCAGCAGCAGCCAAUCAGAUUCCUCCUGAGUGUGUUCACAGAGUGACAGAGGUACGAGGGUUCAAUGACCCACAGAAGGAGGAAUACUUCAGGAAGAGAAUCAGAGAUCAGAACCAGGCCAGCAGAAUUAUCUCACACAUAAAGUCAUCCAGAAGCCUCUACAUUAUGUGUCACAUACCAGUCUUCUGCUGGAUUUCUGCUACUGUUCUUGAGACAAUGUUGGGCAAAGCAGAGAGUGGAGAUCUGCCUAAGACUCUGACUGAAAUGUAUACACAUUUCCUUCUCAUUCAGACUAAUGUGAAGAAUCAGAAAUAUGGCACUUAUGAGACAGACACAAAGAUGAUGUCUGCAUCAGAUACAGAAAUCAUCCUGAAACUGGGGCAGCUGGCUUUUGUACAGCUGGAAAAGGGAAAUCUGAUAUUCUAUGAAGAGGACCUGAGAGACAGUGGCAUUGAUGUCAGUGAAGCUUCAGUGUACUCUGGGCUGUGCACACAGAUCUUUAAAGUGGAGCGUGGGUUUUCUGAGGAGAAGGUCUACUGCUUUGUGCAUCUGAGCAUCCAGGAGUAUCUGGCUGCCUUGUUUGUGUUUCAUUCAUGUGUACAUGAGAACAGAAAUGUACUCAGAGCAGAAGAAUCAAAACCUCACAGUGACGGACUGGAGCUGUCUGAGUUGCUCAAGACUGCAGUGGAUCAGGCCUUAGGGAGUAAGAAUGGACACCUGGACCUUUUCCUCCGAUUCCUUCUUGGCCUCUCUCUGGAAUCUGUUCAGACUCUCUUGGAACGACUGUUGACACAGACAAGAAGAAGAUCUGACAGCGUUGAGAAAACAAUCCAGUACAUUAAGAUGAAGAUCAGAGAGGAAUCUUCAGCAGAGAGGACCAUCAAUCUGUUUCACUGUCUCUCUGAACUAAAUGACAACUCUCUAAUGGAGGAAAUCCAGAAUUCCCUGAGAUCAGGAAAACUUUCUGAUACAGAGCUGGAACCAGACCAGUGUUCAGCUCUGGCCUUUGUGUUACUGAUGUCAGAGGAGAUCCUGGAUGAAUUUGACUUGAAGACCUACAACACAUCAGCAGCUGGUCAUCAGAGACUGCUACCAGUAGUCAGGAACUGCAGGAAGGCCAUACUGAACAGCGGUAACCUCACAGAGAAGUCUUGCGAUAUUGUGGCCUCAGCUCUCCAGUCAUCAAACUCUCCCCUGAGAGAUCUGGAGCUCAGCUACAAUAACCUGGGAGAUUCAGGAGUGGAGCUGCUCUGUGCUGGACUGAUGAAUCCUAACUGUAAACUACAGAGACUGAGACUGAACAGCUGUGACCUCACAGAGAAGUCAUGUGAUAUCGUGGCCUCUGCUCUCCAGUCAUCAAACUCACCCCUGAGAGAUCUGGACCUCAGCUACAAUAACCUGGGAGAUUCAGGAGUGGAGCUACUCUGUACUGGACUGAUGAGUCCAAACUGUAAACUACAGAGACUGGGGCUGGGUUGGUGUAAUCUCACAGAGGGCUGCUGUGAUGUUCUGGCCUCAGUCCUGCGUUCUUCUCACUCAGAGCUGAGAGAUCUGGAGCUCAGAGACAACGAGCUGCAGGAUUCAGGAGUGAGAGCGCUCUCUGCUGGACUGGAGGACCCACACUGUAAACUGCAGAGACUGGGGCUGUCAGGCUGUAGAGUCACAAAGAGAGGCUGUGAUUCUCUGGCUUCAGCUCUGUGUUCAAACCCCUCACACCUGAGAGAGCUGGACCUGAGAUACAAUCACCCAGGAGAUUCAGGAGUGAGAGCGCUGUCUGCUGCUAAACUGGACACACUACACAGCUGUAAGUACAGAGUUUCCACACUGCACCUCACACACACACACCUGAGAGAGCUGGACCUGAGAUACAAUCACCCAGGAGACCCAGGAGUGAGAGCGCUGUCUGCUGCUAAACUGGACACACUCACACUUCUGUAAGUACAGUUUCCACACUGCACCUCACAAAAGUGCACACACAUGCAUACACAUACACAUGUUUUGCUGUUCUUACAGAGUGGACAAUGGAGGAGAGAACAGGACCAAACCUGGACCCAGGAAAUACGGCUGUCAGCUCACACUGGAUCCAAACACAGCGAACAGAAACCUGUCUCUGUCUGA